AUGUUCAGCUUAAGUACCAGGGUCCAGGGUGUGGCCAACCAAGCCCUUACCGCGUCCAUAGUACUAUGUGGCGUAAUAGUAGCUAUAACCCUUGGUCAAUUGAUAUCUGCAGAUGUUUGGAACCUCAAUACUGCCACUAUAGCCAACAUCAAGCCUCUGGCUCUGUGGAAAUCUUCAUUUAAUUACGGUGCCGUGAACCGUAAACCCAAGGAAAACUCCAAGAUUGUAUUUGACCUUGAGACAGACUUGUCUCCGUUGUUCAAUUGGAACACAAAACAAAUAUUUGUCUAUUUGACAGCCGAGUAUCCUGGCAAAAGCGAUGGUUCUUCCAACAAAGUCACAUACUGGGAUCGCAUUAUUACGUCCAAGGACAACGCUACACUUAGCUUACAGAACCAGAGAUCAAAGUAUUCAGUGUGGGACGUAGAAAAGUCGUUUCGGCAGAGAAAUGCAACUGUACGUCUCGAAUGGAACAUCCAGCCUUAUGUCGGGCCAUUGAUAUACGGAGAAAUCAAGGCCCCGGCUUCCUUCCAGUUUGCCCCGGCUCCUCCCCAAUAG